AUGGGGAACCGGGUCACCCGCGACGACUUCGAGUGGGUCUACACGGAGCAGCCCCACACGCAGCGCCGGAGAGAAAUCCUAGCCAAGUAUCCAUCCAUCAAGUCUCUGAUGGUACCAGAUCCCACUUUUAAAUGGAUUGUGACUGGAAUGGUACUCACACAACUCCUAGCUUGCUACCUGGUGAAAGAUUUGCCCUGGAAAUGGGUUUUUUUCUGGGCGUAUGUGUUUGGGGGCUGCAUUAACCACUCCCUGACGCUAGCCAUCCAUGACAUCUCCCACAACGUCCCCUUUGGCAACAAGAGGGCAAAAUGGAACCGAUGGUUUGCAAUCUUUGCCAACCUGCCCAUUGGAGUACCCUACUCGGCUUCCUUCAAGAAGUACCACAUUGACCACCAUCGAUACCUCGGUGGGCACAUUCUGGACACUGACAUUCCCACCGACUUUGAGGGCUGGUUCUUUUGCACCCCAUUUCGGAAACUCAUCUGGAUCAUCCUCCAGCCUGCUUUUUACGCCUUUCGGCCCAUGUUUACGAACCCAAGGGUAGUGACUCAGAUGGAAAUAUAUAAUGGUUUGGUGCAACUUUUGGCCGACUUCGUCAUCUACCACUUAUGGGGUGUGAAGCCUGUGGUUUAUUUGGUAGGAGGGACCAUACUUUGUACAGGCUUACAUCCCAUUGCCGGGCACUUCAUAGCAGAGCAUUAUAUGUUCCUGAAAGGAUAUGAAACGUAUUCCUACUACGGGUCCCUCAACUGGAUCACCUUUAACGUUGGUUAUCAUAUGGAACACCAUGAUUUCCCAAGUAUUCCAGGGAGCAGUUUGCCAAUGGUAAAGAAGAUAGCUGCAGAAUAUUACGACACACUACCUCAGCAUCAGUCUUGGGUUCGGGUUCUGUGGGACUUUGUUUUCGAUAAGAGCAUCGGUCCUUAUGCGAGGGUUAAGAGAAUAUGCAAGCUAGCAGACAAUCCUGAAAGACAUCACUAUGUUCCCUUUAAAAAAACUGACGUGCCCCGUGCCUCCUAG